AACAGGGACCCUAAACUAGUGAGGAAGAUUGGAGAAGCAACAGCUCUUGAAGUUAGAGCAACUGGAAUUCAAUAUGCCUUUGCACCUUGCAUAGCUGUUUGUAGAGAUCCAAGAUGGGGCAGAUGUUAUGAAAGUUAUAGUGAAGAUCAUAAGGUAGUUCAAGCCAUGACUGAGAUCAUUCCAGGACUGCAAGGUGAAAUCCCUGCAAACUCCAGAAAGGGUGUUCCAUAUGUAGCUGGAAAGAAGAAAGUUGUAGCCUGUGCAAAGCACUUUGUUGGUGAUGGUGGAACCACAAAGGGAAUCGAUGAGAACAACACAGUGAUAAGCAGACAUGGAUUGUUAAGCAUUCACAUGCCAGCCUACUAUAACUCAAUCAUCAAGGGUGUUGCAUCGGUCAUGGUCUCUUAUUCAAGCUGGAAUGGAGAAAAGAUGCAUGCUAAUCAUAAUCUGGUCACUGACUUUCUCAAGAACACACUACGCUUCAGGGGUUUUGUCAUAUCAGAUAUGGAGGGAAUUGAUAGGAUUACUUCCCCUCCUCAUGCUAACUACUCAUACUCCAUUUAUGCUGGAGUCACGGCUGGAAUUGACAUGGUAAUGCUUCCCUAUAACUUUACAGAAUUCAUAGAUGGCCUAACCACACAAGUGAAAAAGAAUAUCAUACCCAUGAGCCGAAUUGAUGAUGCAGUUAAGAGGAUUUUGAGGGUAAAAUUCGUUAUGGGACUUUUUGAGAAUCCUUUGGCUGAUAAUAGUCUAGCCAACCAGAUUGGGAAUCAGAAGCAUAGAAAUUUGGCUAGGGAAGCUGUGAGGAAAUCAUUGGUUCUAUUGAAGAAUGGUGAAAAUGCAGAUGAGCCACUACUCCCUCUUCCUAAAAAGGCUAAAAAAAUUCUAGUUGCUGGAAGCCAUGCUGAUAAUCUAGGAUAUCAAUGUGGUGGCUGGACCAUUGAAUGGCAAGGACUUAGUGGCAACAACAUUACCAAAGGUACAACAAUUCUUAUUGCUAUCAAGAACACAGUUGACAAAGACACCGAGGUGGUCUUUUCAAUUCUGUUGAUUAUGUAUGAUAUCACCUUAAUUGAUAUUCCACAUAACAUGUGUUAUCUUCUAAUACUUGCGGUGGUAAUGCUACAGGUAAUGCUUCCCUAUAACUUUACAGAAUUCAUAGAUGGCCUAACCACACAAGUGAAAAAGAAUAUCAUACCCAUGAGCCGAAUUGAUGAUGCAGUUAAGAGGAUUUUGAGGGUAAAAUUCGUUAUGGGACUUUUUGAGAAUCCUUUGGCUGAUAAUAGUCUAGCCAACCAGAUUGGGAAUCAGAAGCAUAGAAAUUUGGCUAGGGAAGCUGUGAGGAAAUCAUUGGUUCUAUUGAAGAAUGGUGAAAAUGCAGAUGAGCCACUACUCCCUCUUCCUAAAAAGGCUAAAAAAAUUCUAGUUGCUGGAAGCCAUGCUGAUAAUCUAGGAUAUCAAUGUGGUGGCUGGACCAUUGAAUGGCAAGGACUUAGUGGCAACAACAUUAACGUAACGCAGCCUGUUGUUGCUCCACACGCGAGUUGCAUUCUUCACUCCCCAAUCGGCAACUCCAUUCGGUACCGUAAAAUCGUUGGUACUACAAAAGGUAUUUGCGGUGAUGUCUUUGGUCUCAACUUGUAUGGAUUUGGUUAUGACCGAUCUGAAGACAAUUAUGUUGUCCUUCAAAUUUAUCUUAGUAAAGCUGAUCCAUCCCAUCGCGCUUUGCUGUAUUAUGUGAAUGAUGAUUCAUGA